CGCCGCACUGUUAUGUUACGUUUUAAUAUAUAUGCUAACAAUGUUGGGCUUAAGUUUCUUAAGGAAGUUCAUAUUUUUAUUGCAACAGUUUACCUGUAAUUGGUAGUCUUACAUAAAUCUGAAUACUGAGGCGAAUAAAAAUUCUGUUGAUGUAGGCCUACAGACAAUGAAAGAUGAUGAAGAUGUUUUGUUGGCGGAGUCUCUUUAUGACUUCAUGGAUUCUGAUCGCUAUGCUAAUAGAAACAGAGAUUGAUGCUGAAAUUACAAAUGAACCAACUGACAAAUCAAACAAUCAGGGAACUGAUAUUGGAUCAACUGUUACACAUGUGUCUGAUAAUGGAGAAAACACUUCUGCAACUGAUGUCAAUAAAACGGAGCCAAUGGUGGACCAAACACUGAAUUUUACUUCAGACGCCACACCUGAAGUCACUAGUGUAUAUGAAAAAGAAAAUAUAAACUUUACAGAAAUGAUAACAUUAACUGAGGAAAUAACCGAAUAUGAAACGAUAACUGAUGCUGAAAGAACGAAUGCACAAAUAACUUAUAAAUCAGACAUAUCAACUGUUUUAAUUACAGAUAUGGUAACUUCAGUUGCAAAAACAACUGAUUACGUACCAGAUACUACAACUGACUUAGUUACCAAUACGGUAACAUCGAAUUUAAAAACACUAUAUGAACACGAUACCACGGCUAAUUUAGAAACUGAUAUUUUUACAAGUGUUACAUUUGAAACGAUGACUGGAGCAGUUACUGGUUAUACAGAUAUUGCAACAGCAACGGAUAACACAUCCGAGGUAAUGACUGAUUUAUCUACUUAUAUAACAAUAACAGAAAGUGAAUUAUUUACUGAUCUUCUAACAACCCUUACACAAACAAGUGACCAACACCAAACCACAACUGAUUUAGCUAUUGAUGAUUUUACAACAGAUACUAUUACAACGGGAAAUAAACUAACUGAACCUGAAUUCGAAACCACAACUAUUUUAAACACUGAUAAUAUGGCUACAACAAUAACUAAUGAAGGCACCGAAACAACAAUCAACUUAAUUACUGAUAAAAUAACAACGGUUGCACAGACAACGGAUUUAGGAUUAGAAACCACUAAUUUAAUUACUGAUGAGUCAACGGUACCCAAGACAACUGAUCAGGAACCCGAAUCCACAACAAACGUAAAUACUGAUAAAGUGACAACAGUUGCACAAACAAUUGAUUCUGGAUUAGACACCACGACUGAUAUGAUUACUGAUGACACAACGGUACAAAUGACAACUAAUAAUGAGCUCGAAACCACAAUCAACUUAGUUACUGAUGAGACAACGGUACCAAAAACAAUUGAUGAUGGAUUAGAAACCACGACUAAUUUAAUUACUGAUGAGACAACGGUACCCAAGACAAGUGACCAGGAACCCGAAUUCACAUCUAACUUAAUUACUGAUAAAAUAAAAACGGUUGCACAAACUAUUGAUUCCGGAUUAGAAACCACGGCUGAUUCAAUUACUGACGAGACAACGGUACUCAGGACAACGGAUCAUGCGCAUAAAACCACAACCAACUUAGUUACUGGUAAGGUAACGACCUUUACACGAACAACUGAUGACGGAUUAGAAACCACGACUGAUUUAAUUACUGAUGAGACAACGGUACUCAGGACAACGGAUCAUGCGCAUAAAACCACAACCAACUUAGUUACUGGUAAGGUAACGACAUUUACACGAACAACUGAUGACGGAUUAGAAACCACGACUGAUUUAAUUACUGAUGAGACAACGGUACCAAGGGCAAUUGACCAGGAAUCCGAAAUCACAACCAGCUUAGGUACCAUAACUGAUAACAGAUUAGAAACCACGACUGAUUCAAGUACUGAUAAGACAACGGUACCUACAACAGCUGGUCAUGAACCCGAAACUACAACCAACUUAGUUACUGAUGAGACAACUGUACCAAAUUCAACUAAACAUGAACUUGAAUCCACAACUAGCUUAGUUACUGAUAAGUUAACAACGGUUGCAACCACAACUGAUGACGAAUUAGAAACCACGACUGAUUUAAUUACUGAUGAGACAACGAUACCAAGGACAACUGACGAGGAAUCCGAAAUCACAACCAGUUUAGGUAGCACAACUGAUAACGGUUUAGAAACCACGACUGAUUCAAUUACUGGUGAGACAAUGGUACCAAAGACAACUGAUCAGGAACCCGAAUCCACCAUUACCUUAACUACUGAUAAAGUAACAACGGUUGCACAAACAACUGAUUCAAGAUUAGAAACCACGACUGAUAUAAUUACUGAUGAGACAACGGUACUCAGGACAACGGAUCGUGCACCUAAAACCACAACCAACUUAGUUACUGGUAAGGUAACGAUCUUUACACAGACAACUGAUGAAGGAUUAGAAACCACGACUGAUUUAAUUACUGAUGAGACAACGGUACCAAGGACAACUGACCAGGAAUCCGAAAUCACAACCAGCUUAGGUAGCACAACUGAAAACAAACUAGAAACCACGACUGAUUCAAGUACUGAUAAGACAACGGUACCUACAACAGCUGGUCAUGAACCCGAAACUACAACCAACUUAGUUAAUGAUGAGACAACUGUACCAAAGUCAACUGACCAUGAACUUGAAUCCACAACUAGCUUAGUUACUGAUAAGUUAACAACGGUUGGAACGACAAAUAAUGACGAAUUAAAAACCACGACUGAUUUAAUUACUGAUAAGACAACGGUACCUACAACAGCUGUUCAAGAACCCCAAGCUACAACCAACUUAGCUACUGAUGUGACAUCGGUAGCAAAGACAACUAAUCAUAAACUUGAAUCCACAACUACCUUAGUUACUAAUAGGUUAACAACGGUUGCACAAACAACUGAUGACGGCUUAGAAACCACGACUGAUUUAAUUACUGAUGAGACAAUGAUACCAAGGACAACUGACCAGGAAUCCGAAAUCACAACCAGCUUAGGUACCAUAACUGAUAACGGAUUAGUAUCCACGACUGAUUCUAUUACUGAUAAGACAACGGUACCUACAAUAGCUGGCCAACUACCCGAAGCUACAACCAACUUAGUUACUGAUGAGACAACGGUACCAUCGACAACUGAUCAAGAACUUGAAUCCACAGCUAGCUCAGUUACUGUUAAGUUAACUACGGUUGCAACGACAACUGAUGACGAAUUAGAAACCACGACUGAUUUAAUUACUGAUGAGACAACGGUACCAAAGACAACUGAUCUUGAACCUGAAACCACAACCAACUUAGUUACUGGUAAAGUAACAACGGUUGCACAGACAUCUGAUGACGGAUUACAAACCACGACUGGUUUAAAUACUCAUAAGUCAACGGUACUAAGGACAAAUAAUCAUGAACGCGAAACUACAACCAACUUGAUUACUAACAAGUUAACAACGGUUACACAGACAACUGAUGACGAAAUAAAAACCACUGCUGAUAUAAUUACUAGUAUGAUAACAGUACCAAAAACAACUGAUCAGGAACCCGAAAUCACAACCAUCUUAAUUACUGAUAAGGUAACAACGGUUGCACACAGAUUAAAAACCACUAUUGAUGUAACUACUAGUAAAACCACGGUACCCAAGGCAACUGAUCAUCAACCCAAAACUACAUCAGACAUACCAACAUUUUCAAAGACAAGUGAUAAUAAUCUUGAAACUACAACUGAAUUAGUUACUGAAAUGGUAACGACUGUUGUGCCACCAAAUGAAAAGGAGCAAACAACAACCGACACCACUAUAACAACUGAUGUGGUAACGAAAGAUUCAUUGACAACUGAUAAUAGAUCCAAAACCACGACUGAUUUAGUCACUAAAAUGGUAACAACUGCUGCAAAAACAACUGCUAUUGAACCCCAAAUGGCUACUGUUUCAAUUACAGGUACUGAAAGAACGGUUGUAAAAACAAUUGAUCAUAAAUCUACAACUGAUUCAGUUACUGAUGUGGUGGGAACAGUUGGAUUAACAUCUGAUAUAACAAUUGAUGAGACAACAGAGGUAAAAACACUUUACAGAACAGGAAAGACAAAUGCAACUUCUAAAACAGCAAACACUACACAACGAACGGAAAUAAAAACGAGUGGCUCAUAUAUAAAUAUGACAACAGCACAAGAACUUGAAUUAUCACAAUCGUCUGAAACAACGAACCAGACUUAUGAAGACAACAGUGGAAACACCAUCUAUACUAGUAAUGGAAAUAUUCAAGAAACAACACAUGUAUACUCUUUGAACAUCUUCAAAAUGACAUUAGCGUUUACCGCAAUAGACGAUGAACAGGUGGAAUUUUCAAAUGAUUUACUAGAUCCAUUUUCUGCACUUUUCGAAGAAUACCAAGGUUACGUUUGUUCUGCGAUAUAUUUUGUUGUCUCGAAUUGUGUGGAUUGCGAAGUAUUGGAAUUUAGUGAAGGAAGCAUUGUAGCAAAGAUAAAGCUCUACUUUUCGGAUGUAAAUGUCACCGCCGCCAACGUCCAAGAAAAUCUGCGGGAAGCAGCCGACGAUGGAGUCCUUGACACACAAAAUGAUGGUAUACAACUGUCGGUACGGUCUGAGACUAUCAACUACAUUGCCGAUACAACAGCUAUCCCAGUGGAAAUAACAGAAGACUACGCAAAUAACGGGCACGUAAUCAUAGUUUCAGUCAUCGUACCAAUAUUUGUGCUUAUACCGGUAGGCCUAUUUGUUGCUGCAAUAUUAUUGCAUAGAGCCAAGCGGAAACGUCAUAAUGACGUAGAAAACAUUACUAACCAAACUAACGUCGGUGGCGGUAUGACCCCCAGCGAAACUGGCGAACCUGUGAAUAAUAUUCCUUGGGCCCGCCGAACAUCACCACCCAAUGUACCUACGUCACCCAGCAUAAUGGCAAGUACAGUACGUGCAUCCAGAAUUGGACCAAUUGUAAUUCAUGAUUCAAGCAGCCAACCGGCAGUAUCCAAUAUAAGAGAGCAACAUACAGAUGGCAGUAAUGAUUCCCAGGCUUGUGACCAAACAGAUGCAGCUCAAACAGAAAAGCCGUUGACUACGUCAUCUACUAAUAAUACGCUCCUAAAGUCAGUCCAGGAAAGUACGAACCAUACGAGCCCAGAUAUUAAUGAGUCAAGUGUGUCUCCGCAACAGUCAACAAGUUUGAACCGAUCAUUCAGCCUGUCAAGUGUAAGAUCUGCCAUAUCGCCAACGUUGAGCUCCAAGGUUUCCCCUCUACCAUCAGUUGAGGAUACGGCGCCCCCAAAUCAGUAUCCUCCACUAAAAGAAACGCCUUCGGCUUUCCAGUCUGAACGCGAAGCAACCCCCGUAUUAGUGCAGCAGGCUGAGGUUGUCAAUCAGUCUGAUAACGUCAGUCAAGAUACAAAUGCCAGUCAGAAUAUAGCUGAUGAUAGUGCUGGCUCAUUUCUCCCCAGGAGUAGUGCAAACGUUGCGCCUUUUUCUCCUGCGGAAACUGAAUAGAUCUAGACAUACCAUUUUGAUAAACUGCACACUUUCCAAAUAAAUUUUUUUUUAAAUGUAUUGCAUUGUAGCUCAUACACAUGGUUACGGAGCUUAUAACUCGAUUUAAAUUAUUGAAACUGUUGUGUAGUGAGGUGAUGCGCACAAGUGUGUGUUCAGAAUGACUAUCUGGUAUAUGUAUGAAAGGUCUAUAUUUACGCAUUAAAUUGUCUUUCAUGUGGGUAGCCCCCUACAUCAAAAUCUUACUCAAAAGAGCCAACAAAUUAUAGAAUAUAAAACUUUUUUUUCUCACUACUCAAAGCAAUAUUACUUGCUAAGGCUGCUAAAAAAACUUGUUUUAUAGAGAGUAACGUUUUAUUCAGUUUCUACUACACUAGCUUGUAAAUAAUCUUAUUAGGCCUACAACAACCAAGCGAUGUUGGCAAAUACCUAAGUCAUAGAUUUUGUAUGUAAACUAUUCUUUUUUGUUACUUCUGCACCCUUUUAAUGAUUUUUUUAAAAGUGAAAUGCUCUUUCGUUUUGAAAUCAGGUACACCACAAUAAUUAUAAUGUGAUAUCGCCAAAAUAAUAAUCUGAUAAUAAUAAACUUAGAACAUAACAUAACUGAAUCGUUAGAGAAACAACUAUGUGUAAAUUAUGUAGUAAACUAAUUGUUUAAAUCAUCGGUCAUCGAGUUGCUCAUGAAUAAGUAGAAGUGUUUCUAUAUUUCUACGAUACCUUGUAUAUAUUGCCAACGUACGAUGACCCAUAUUCUGAUAAAGUUUUAUUGUAUAAUAAUAUGCCGAUAAAGCUCAAACCAAUAGUGCCCCCAUUUUUGGGUUGAGACAAGUUCCAUAAAUGGCAGCUGAAAAGCUCCAGAAGGUGGAAGAUAUUUCAGCCGUAUCAAAUUAGCCUGUUUAUCUUUUAAUAUCAUAUUAUUUUUAAAGGUCGUCAGAGGAGGGCGGAAACAAAUAAAUAUAAUAUUGUUUUCUCAUUUAGCAAAUAAACAUCAAGACGGAGGAGUAAAUAAAAUAAAAUGUUAUUGUUGAAUGUAAA